CUAGGCGCGACAAAAAACCCUGUCUUUUCCACGCUGUUUUUUAGGAGGGUAGCGUGUGUGUGCGCGCGCAUGUUACUUUCUCUCUGUUUUUGUCUUUAAUCAUGGAGAAAAGAGGCACAAGCUCCUUCGGGAAGAAAUGUAAGCCCGUGAAGAUGAAAGAUGGCGCCGACCCUGUCAAAGAUUUCGAGAAAUGGAGGAAAAGAUACAACAAGACCAAAGUACAAGUUAAGCGAGACAGAGCGAAGAGGGAGGUUCCUGAGUGGCAGGUCGAACGGGAGUACAUCGACAGGCUAGUCAGCAGGUACGGCGACAUUAACACCAAGGAGAUUGUCAAGUUUUCCGACUUUCCCAUUUCAAAGAAGACCCUGUUAGGUCUGCAGGAGGCUCAGUACAGACAGCCCACAGAGAUCCAGAGACAGACCAUCAGCUUCGCUCUGCUCGGUAAAGAUGUCCUCGGCGCAGCUAAGACUGGCUCUGGGAAGACUUUGGCCUUUCUCAUACCGGUGCUGGAGUGUCUGUACCGCCAGCAGUGGAGCUCCAUGGACGGCCUCGGUGCUCUCAUCAUAUCCCCCACGAGAGAACUCGCCUACCAGACCUUUGAAGUUCUCCGCAAGGUGGGCAGGAACCACGAGUUCUCCGCGGGGCUCAUCAUCGGCGGGAAGGACCUCAAGAGCGAGUCGGAGAGGAUUCACCGCACCAACAUUGUCAUCUGCACCCCGGGACGACUGCUCCAGCACAUGGACGAAACGGCCACCUUCCACGCCUCUAAUCUCCACAUGCUAGUUCUGGAUGAGGCGGACCGCAUCCUGGACAUGGGAUUUGCCGAUACAAUCAAUGCCAUUGUGGAGAACCUUCCGAAGUCCCGACAGACGUUGCUGUUCUCUGCUACCCAGACCAAGUCGGUCAAAGACCUGGCCCGGCUCAGCCUUAAAGACCCAGAGUAUGUGUGGGUUCACGAAAAGGCAAGGUUCAGUACGCCGGCCACCCUGGAGCAGAGCUAUGUAGUGUGUGAACUCUAUCAGAAGGUCAACGUGCUCUACUCUUUCAUCAGAAGUCACCUGAAGAAGAAGAUAAUUGUCUUCUUUGCCUGCUGCAAGGAGGUGCAGUACCUGUUCCGGGUCUUUUGUCGCCUCAGACCUGGCAUGCCCGUCCUGGCUUUGCAUGGUAAACAGCAGCAGAUGAAGAGAGUGGAGGUCUAUAGGGACUUCCUCAAGAAGCAGAACGCUGUACUCUUUGCCACCGACAUAGCCGCCAGAGGCCUUGACUUCCCUGCCGUCAACUGGGUGCUGCAGUUCGACUGCCCGGAGGAUGCAGACACCUACAUCCACAGGGUGGGCCGGACUGCCAGGUACAAGGAGGGGGGAGAGGCCUUACUGCUGCUGCUUCCCUCAGAAGAGAAGGGCAUGGUCAGCCAGCUGCAAGAGAACAAGGUUCCCAUCAACAAGAUCCAGGUGAACCCAGACAAAAUGCAGAAUGUUCAGCAGAAGCUGGAGGCCUUCCUGGCCCAAGAGAAUGAGCAGAAGGAGAGAGCUCAGAGGUGUUUUGUUUCCUAUCUGCGCUCUGUCUACCUGAUGAAGAACAAAGAGGUGUUUGAUGUCUUUAAACUCCAGAUUCAGGAGUAUGCUGUUUCUCUGGGUCUUGCUGUGGCUCCGAGGGUGCGCUUCUUAAGUAAAGCUCAGGCACGGAGAGCAGAGAAAGAAGCACAGCAAGAGGAGGAGCAGUCCAAAGAAGAGGAAGAGGUGAGGAGCUUUAAGGCCCAGCUGAAAGGAAACAAUCGCCGUGAGGAAAGUCAGAGCUCUGACUCAGAAGAUUCAGUCGAUGAUGAGGAAAGCGGGAAUGAAGGGGAGAUGGAUGAGUCCAAGACACUGCUUUUGGUUGCAGAUGGCAUUGAGGAUGAUGAUGAUGAUGAUGAUCUGAGAGACUUGGACCUGCUGACAGUCAAAAGAAAAGAUGUCUUCAAUUUGACGGGCGAUGAGGAGACUCUCAAGGAAGUGGUCAAAAAGAAAAUGGAUAAACAGACAAAGUUCAAAGAAGCCAAAAAGGUCCUCAAGAGAAACUUCCAAGUCAACACCAAAGUGGCUUUCGGUGAAGAGGGUGAGGCUUUGCAGGUGUGGCCUCCAGUUCAGCGGGCAGUGACUGGUAAAGAGGAGGAAGAUGAGGAAGAGGAUGUUUCAGGUAUCAAUGUGGAAAAGGCCAGGGAGAGGCUAAGACAUGAGGACCAGGAGUUUGACAAGCAGGAGUAUAGUCGCAAAGUGAAAGCCAAACACAGGGAGAGGAGGCUGAAGGCAAAGGCAGCCAGGAGGGAGGCCAGCAAGCGGCCCGGACAGAAAUCGGACGAGGACACGGAGGACGAGGUGGUGGCGUACAUAGCCAAUCACAGUGAAGACGAAUUUGACCCUAGCACCCUGCCAGAUCCUGACAAACUGCACUCGUCGGAGGAGGAGGAGGAAAUGAUAACGUCAGACAAACGGCAGCAUAGCAGUGAAAGCAGUGAUGAGGAAGAGGAUGUGCUCACAGCAGGGAAGAGGAAGAAAGCGAGGCAGCAGAAUAAUGAGCAUGCAGCCCUGGACACUGGUCUCUCUCUGGCUGAGGAUGAGGAGUUAGUCUUACAUCUGCUAGCAGGGCAGAGGUAAAGAAAACACAGGGUUUUUCAAACAGUAUGAACUGGUCAGUUGAAGUUCUAACAGCAGAGUCAGUAAUUAAAUAAAGAGAUGUAGGAUUACAGAAGUCUGAUUUGUGUUCACAUUUGAAAAGAGACAGCAUUUAAAGGGGUACUCCAGCAUUUUAGUUUUGCAUGUCCAGAAAGUUGGAGGACUCACAGGAGACAGAUUGUAAAAAGAUGGUGCAAAGUGAGCAUCAGAGUGCGAUAUCCUGACUUUAGUGUAUAGUAUAGAUAAUAAUUCUACAACUCACAUAGUGCAACCAUCUCUUCAUUAAACCUCCUGAACACUUGACUUUAAAUCAUGUGUUGUAACAUAAAUAAACAAAACAUACACGAGUAAUAAGCAACAAAUAAAGUUAUAUAACAUCUUUAAGUUUUUUUUUUUUUUUUACAUUUCUUUUUAUUGAACAUUUUAACAUACAUUCUGCAUACAACUGGUACACAGCUUUUUUUUUCUCAAAUGCAUUAUCUUUCAAUUAAACAUGACACCCUCAGUCUUUUACUUUGAAUCAAAAUAAAGAAUAACUGUAACUAUUCAUAUACACAAAUAAAAUUAUGCCCAGAACAUAGUAGUUAACAUUCUACCAUACAUUUUGGCCAGUUAAACUAACAUAGUUUUACCAUGUUACCAGUGUAGCGAAUAUAGUAGAAUAAAAUUAAAUAAAAGGAAACAAAACAUUUCAACUUCUGUAGCUAUGAACUAGGUUUUUUUUCCCCGAUGUACAUCUCAUAAAGUCUGACCUAGUUUUUAUGUUCUUGAUCCAGUUUUCCCAAAUUCUUUUAAAUCUGUCCACCUCCAGUCUCACAGAGAAAGUUAACUUUUCCAUCACAUAUAUAUAUUGUGUAUUACCUCAACCCAGUCCUCAGCCUUAGGUACCUCAUUCUUCAUCCAUUAUCUGGUAAUCCCUUUUUUGCUUGCAAUCAACAUUAUUCUAUAAAUAUGUUUGUCCCCAAAUCUUGUCAAAUCUAUGUCCAGUUUCCCCAAGUAUAGUACCUCAAUUGUAGGUUGAGGGUCCACCUUCAGUAUUUUAUCCAUACACUUUUUAAGCUCAGCAGUAGCUGCCAAUGGAGGGAUGGGGACCAGGCGUUUGUCCGACCUCCCAUAGGUCCGACUACCCGCUAAUCCGACCAUGCAGGUCUAUGGCGAGUUUUAUCCUUUUAGUCCCAUAAUGUUGACUGCCCAUUAAUCCGACCAUUUUAAUACCAUUAUUCCUACCGUCAGAUUUCAUACCCAGUAGUCCAACUGCCCGUUAUUCCGACCACAGCACUUCCAACAUGAAGCAGUCUGUGCAUUUCUCCCUCACUGCGCCGGCACGGACUGUGGCGUUUAUCUCAUCGACGGGAAAUCACAUCCAUCUACUAUAUGUGACGUACAUGCCCUUAUUUGGAUAAGACAUCCUGGUAUUGCCCACACAUAAAGCCUAUUGACAGUGCGAUGCCCUGUGGCUGCAGAUGUAUAUUAAGCAUUAAUCCUUCUUGCAGCACGUCUACAAGUACUUUGUUAGAGAUAAACCAUCCAUCUGUCAUCUCACCUGUACUAACGUUUUGCCUAGUCUUGAUCAGCGAAUUCAUCAGCUUGUAACAAUUCGCCAACAACAGAAACUGAGGCUUAUGUCACAACACUACUUCUACAGGUCACGGAAGGCACAGGUUCACGGUGCCAAGCUGAAACCCCUCAUAUAACAUGAAUCCCCCCAAAAAACUAACUCUUAUGCUUUCAAAAUGCAGUAAUAAAUUGUAUGGUUAGUUUAACUCAACAACUUUAGUGUAAUUAAAUUAAAUCAAACUCAAAUUAACGCGUCUGGCUUGGACGAUUCGCUCAAUUAACAGCAUGUCACAGCGAUACAGAAAACAAAUAACCCCACAAACAAUUCCCCUUAAUAAAACAGAAACCCAAUGUCCUUCCACAAUCCCCAAAGUCUCUCUCAGUUCCUCAGAAGACCAAAAGAAACAAAUGUCCACUCCGAGGUAAAAAACAAUAAUCCACAAAGAGGAAGGAAAAAACAGGUGGUGGAGCGUGGCGGGAAAACAAAAGAAAAAGAUUUUUGCCAAUGUUCACCACAUCAGUCCCGUUAGCAGAUGCCGGUCAGUCUUGCAGCAGUCCAGCCGAACAAGGGAAAAACAUUUAAUCCUCAUGGAAAAAUCUUCAGGAGCUGAGCUGACAAGCAGACCUGUCCCAACGCCGACAUGACCUCCAGAAACCACCCCGUUUCACCCCGUCACUUCCCCUUAAGUAACCUCCCAGGUGACCGAAACACUAGUGAUGGUGAGAUGAAGCCUCAUGAAGCAUUGAAGCUUUCCAGCAAAUUGGUUUAGAAAAGGGUUCAUUUCUUGAGGCUUCAUGUGCACACAAAACCACCUGCUGGCCAAAGUGUGUAAAACGGGCAGCUGUGAUCUUAACCAUGUAACUAUUAUAUUAUUUUGUGUCAGUAACAGCUGUUGGGAAUGACUAUUAAUAAUAAUAAUAAUAAUUAUAAUAAUAUUAUUCUUUUUUAUCAAUAUAGUGUAUGUUCUAGUGAGUAUAUUAUGACUAUACUGUAUCAAAUACAUCUACAAUAAACUGUUAUUGUUUUGUGAAUGCAUCCUGUGUGUAUAAACCAAUCAUUUGGCUAAAAAUUGUAUUGUGGUGUAGUGUCAUAUAAUAUAAUAAUGACAAAAGGGGUAAUAUUCAUGGUCUGUGUCACUUCUGUGCAAACCUGAAGAUCUGAACCGCUUCCCGAACCAGUCAUGUGGUACAGCCGGGCAACGAGGCUUGGGACGUCAUCAAUGACGUCAAUCGUCUGAAACAAUACAAGCCUCGAUAUGCUCAUCGCGGAAACAUUACACGACGCACGCUUCGAAGCAUCGGCACAGCACAUAACAUCACUACGAAACACAGGUAAAAAGAAAAUAAUAGGCUAUCGGUGAUCAUAAAUGAAAUUAUUCGGUCCACAUACACCCUUGUGACGAAACAUGUUUAACCCAUAACAUUGACAAACAGUGAAAAACGAGGAGAAAGCAGAUAGGCCUAAUGUAACAGGUAAAACAAUAAAACUUUUAUUCCAUAUCUCCGUCACCUGUCAUGAAGAAGGACCUAGGGAACCCUUACAAGCUGUCAUCUAGUGACUGUCAGCCCUGUCCAUGGUGCUGAAUCCGCGGAGUUUUCAGUAAACUGCAACACAGCCCCUGUGUGGAAAUAGCCUCUGAAAGGCGAAAUAUCAACAACACAAAAAAGAAUAAUCCAAUUCGAAAUCAAAUUUAUUUCACAGCCUUUAGCACUAGGACCACCCACGGGUCAAAUUUCCCGCAGCUGUGUUUUGAUUGUCUAUAACUUUGUUUUGAUCAAAUAUUAAACUCUCAUAGAAACCCUGCAUAGAAAACAGUCAUGAUCAAGCUAUUACACAUUUGUUUAGGAGAAGAAGACAAGAAGACAAUUGGAGAAUAAGAGAAAGAGAUUCACUGUCAGGCACUGCUGAACAGCAUGAAUGGGGGAGAGUCUGAUGGAGGGGAGGUGUCUGGACUCAGUGAUGUAUCCUGUGUGGAUUCUGCCGAUGGGUCAUCAUCGGACAGUGAAUGAGAGCCUCCCCGAAAAGCUUUAUAUAUUUUUCGUUGAGUAAAAAUCUACUUUGAAUUAUGGAAUUGAUUAGAAUUGUUUCUUGUCAAUUAAUAUUUUGUUUGGACUUCUAAACUUAUGUAUGGCUGCAUAAUUGUUUCUCUCUCUCUCUGCUUAUAGUCCAAUCAUAUGAGAAAAGGGAGUCAACCUCC